GCUCCCUUUCGGUUUCGCUCCCAGCCCCGCUAGCGCAGGGGAUAAAGGCUCCGUCCGUCCGGGUUCGCGUCUGCCCCCGUCGCCCCCAUGGCUCACAGCGGGCAGCUGGCGGACUAUUUCAAGCCAUCUCUCCCAUUCACUGGCCCUAUUCCUUGCGGUCUUCAUGACGGAUUGAUGGUUAUCAUCCAUGGAACUGUUCUUCCUACAUGUGACAGCUUCAAGAUAGACUUUCAGUGUGGAUCCUGCCCAAGUCCUCAUGCUGAUAUUGCUUUGCAUUUUAACCCACGAUUUGAAGAGGGUGGAUGUGUGGUUUGCAAUACUUUUGAAAGACAGAAUUGGGGAAGAGAGGAGAGGAAAUAUGAAAUGCCUUUUUUUAAAGGUCACCCCUUUGAGAUUCGGGUUUUGGUAAAACGUGACUCAUUCCAGGUUGCUGUAAAUGGUAAUCCCUUCGUGGAGUACAAGCACCGGAUUCCACUUUCCAAAGUGAACCAUCUUAGUGUGUCUGGGGAUGUGGAUGUGACAAUGAUCAGCUUCCAAACUACUGCUCCCCCGGGUGCUUGGUGUCCUAGAGCAGCUGGGAUCUCAAAUCCUGCUUUCCCACCUGGACCAUACCAGCCGCAAACUUAUCCUGUGCCAUACCACACUUCGAUUUUUGGAGGUUUUUAUCCAUCAAGAUCUCUCAUACUAACAGGGACCAUUCCUCUUGAUGCUGACCAAUUCCAUGUCAAUCUGAAAUGGGGCGAACACAUUGCCUUCCAUCUAAACCCAAGAUUCUCUGAGAAGACUAUUGUCCGCAACAGUCAGCUGCACCAGUCCUGGGGGCCAGAGGAACGUGGCUUGCCAAGUGGCAUGCCUCUCCAUCGUGGGCAGAGCUUCACAAUCUGGAUUUUAUGCGAUGCUCACUCCUUUAAGGUGGCUGUGAAUGGACAGCACCAGUUUGAAUACAACCAUCGAGUUCCUAACCUGCAGCAGAUAGACAGGCUUGAAAUAGAGGGUGAUGUUAUGCUGACCUAUGUUCAGGUUUAAAGAUGAAAUCCUACGUACAAUUUAUAUAACAGUCGGCUUCUGUGUACACCCCCUAAAAUUAGCAGUUUACUAGGGAAUUUGCUGCUGAAACUUAAUCAAGAAUCAAAUUCUUUUUUUUAAAACCACUUCAACCUAACUAGCAAUCCUGCUGUUUCUACAAUACCAACUCAAGCUUUUUGCGUGAGAUUUUUAUAAGCUAGAACUUUACUUCUGUUCAGAUCAUAUUGUUCAUUUUAUAAGCCUUUUACUAUGAUGAUACCUUAAUUAAUAUGCAAAUUAGAUACAAUUAACUUAGGUUUGAACAGAGACUGGGAAUGGUUGGGUCAUUAUACU